AUGAAUCUUGAUGUUGCGCUUUGGGGUGUCUUUCAGUUUGCCCUUUCUCCCUUUUCGAACAUGAGCUUGUGGAGAAACAUCAAUGACUUGGAGAAUCUUGGCGAUAUGUGCGUCAGUUUCUCAUCACCGCAACCCCACAGCUUCACUGAGACCUUCAGCUUCCCGCCAGCCGCACAGCGUUCCGCUGUGGCUUCGGAGGUCGCCUGGGUCAUCAACCGCUGCAUGGAGAAGUGGGGUUCCUGGAACAGGUCCAAGGCGGUGGCUCCAGCGGUCUCAGGCGCCGUCGCCCAGACGUUACGAGACUUGAUGGAGCGUCUGUCGCUCUCGGCCGCCCUCGCGGAGGAUUGGGAGGCCACCUACCAGCAUGCUGAAGCUCGACGGAGCAGGCUGCGGAAGGAGAUCUGCAGCCUGGGGGUUGACCCGGAACGAGUUCUGCGAGACCUAGGCUGUGAUGGAGGCCCUCACAAACGACCAGCCAAGCGUGCGAAGACUGUGACCUCCUCGGCGGCAGGACGCGGCGGCGCCUGA